CUUUUGACCGCCACCACCUGCCAGUCCUGUCCUGCGAGCCGCAUACGAAUUCUGUACACAGCCCACGACGAUAAUAUAUAGUUCAGUAUUUGAUUUCGUCGAUCAAUUGUUCGUCUACACACGAUUGCUGCGAUGCAACUAAAACCCGAGCACGUUCCGACCGGAUUCCGCAUUAACUGGAUGAGUUUGAUGGACGACGAUACGGGAGUGAUGUUGUGGCACACCAAUCACGAUUACGCGAAGCUCGAUAUAAAAUACGAAGCUGUAAUUCCUAAAAAAGCAUUGGAUUGCAGAACUGUGACCAGGACUAUAGGCUUCACGUCCACGCAUCGAAUAGAUCAUCUCAAGUUAAAACACAAGGAGUUUUUACUGGGUCGUUGUGUUGAAGAGUGGGAUUCGGAAUUCGGUACUGUUUUAGCCAAUUUAAAUGAAACUUGGGAAACUACUUUUAUACCGAAACGGGGAAUUACAUCGUCUACUGCAAAUAUUUUAAGUGGUAAUUUGUUGGUAGAAACAAGCUUCUAUGAUGCUGAUAAAUUGAUAGCGACAAUAAAUAUCUUAAUGUUUUAUGAAUAAACAUCAUAGUACCUAUUCAAUUUGGAUGCGGAUUGACAAUUUUACUUAACACUUCAUCAGAAACGAGUGAUUUGUUCUUAUAAUCUUGUCUAAUUUAAAAAAAAUUAAUUUUAAACCUGUUACUUUAAUUACAUUUUUUUUAAACUG